UUGAUAUUUUGACGUUUCUCCCGUCGCGGACGGAAUCCGAGUUUUCCAUCUGAUUCGGCCAGAAGCAGCAGCACAUAUUUAAUUCGGAUUUAUUCCGACGGUUUUCCGCAGUAAAAUGAGUGUAAUUCUCCGAUCGUUGUCCCGUGCAGCGGCCACGCAAUGGACGAAGGCAUCGUUUUCCACUUCGUCGAUUGCGCUGAAGGAUCCCCGGCAGCAGAAGGAAGCCCCCAUCAUCGAUGCCAACUUGGUCAUUGCCGACGAGGUUGAGCGUCGCGAGCGGGAAAAACUGGCCAGUACCAUUGCCGUUCCCACCAAGGUGGAUCUAAGUCCGAUUUCCGGCGUCCCGGAGGAGCAUGUUAAGGAACGUCGCGUGCGUAUCUUCAUGCCGGCCAAGAAUGCCAUGCAGAGCGGAACGGAUAAUCUGCACCACUGGAGCAUUGAGUUCGAUAACCGCGAACGCUGGGAGAACCCCCUGAUGGGAUGGUCGUCGACCGGCGAUCCCCUAUCGAACAUGCACGUGGAAUUCGGAUCGGCCGAGGAAGCCAUCAAUCACUGCGAACGGAACGGGUGGAGAUGGUUUGUCGACAAUCCGGAGGUGGUCAAGAAGCAUCGCGUCAAGAACUACGGUGUCAACUUUGCGUGGAACAAGCGCACCCGCGUAUCGACCAAGUAAGUUCCUCUUGGAGAGUUAGAUGAGAGAAUUUCAACGUUGUGCGUUAGUUUAUCGUGUGUAUAUAACGAAUCAGGAUAAAAUUUGUACGAAUUGAUUCGUGAACAAUACAAAUUGAAAAGGUUAAA